AUGCAGGUUGUUUCCACAGUUGUGCAGCUUCGAGACACUCCUGAGAAUGCAAGGGCCGGAAAGGAGGUUGUGCGACGGAACCCUCUAGCCAGUGCAACUGUUGCGUCCGCACAAAGUUACAACUUCUUGAUAAACACCAACGGCUAUCCGCCAGAGGGACCAAAACGCCGCAUGACUGGUGCCUUUGCUUUCCAAUGCGGCCCACCGUUCAACGACCAAGUGGUCGUAGCAACUCCUUCUAGGAAGAAGUUAGUUAGAAAACUCCUCUGGAGCCGCGAGCAACUGUUUUUAGAAUCUAAGACGAAUUUCCUUUACACUUUAGAUUAUCUACGUAUCGCACAGGUUCCGUUUGCCCGGGUUCUCCUGCCUACCAUUUUAGCCAGCUCCUUAAUUGAUCCAGACGCAGUCACGGCUGUUGUCGUUGUCCUUAUGCCAGGUUCUUUGUUUAGUUCCAGAUCUCUUACUCUCUCCCAGUGGAAUUUGAUGGCGGGCUUUUGGAAACACCACUGUGCAUAA